AUUUUAAUAGAAACUUUAAAUAAUACUCACAAUUAUGAUGAUGAUGAUGUUACAAUUAUUGAACAUGAAGAUGACUCUUCUAUGAUAGAUGAUAAUAUUCAAUAUAGAUUUGUUUACACUAAUGGGGUUCAAGAUAUGAAUACAGUUCAAUUUCAAUUUGUAGACAAUUCAUCAAAUAAUACUGAAUUUAAUCAAGCUGAACCAAGUACUUCAAAUGUAACAAAUUCUACUUCAAAAUCUGGAUUAAGAAAUCAGCAUGGUCCAUUAACUGAAUGGAAACCAGAAGAAGUAAAAUUGAUGCUAAGUAGCUAUAAAGAAUAUAUCACUGAUGUGGGCAAAGAUAAAACUUUUAAGAGCAAAAAAGAGAUGUGGAAUACAAUAGCAAAAAAUAUAAGUGAUACCUUUAAUAUUACAAGAACACCAACACAAUGCAUGACUAAAUUUUUUUAUAGAUUUAAAACUUUAAAAAAGGCUAAAAGACUGGGUACAGAAGUGGAAACUACUAUUCAGACAGCUAAAAUACAAAAUGAAAUGGAAGCCAUGGAUUCUAUUUUCCAUGUAGUCAUGGAAGAUAUGGAAGCGGCUAGAAUUAAUGAAAUUGAAAAUGGUGGACAAGGAAGUUGCAGUUCAGAAAUUGAAGUAUUAGCAAAAAUUCUACCCAAAACUUUGAUUGAAUUGGCAAAAGUUAAUGCUCGAGCUCAAGAAAGAAGGCAUCGAGAACAUAUGGACUUCCUUAGGGGAUUUGAAUCUAGGUAUAUGGAAAUGCUGGAGAAAAAACUCAAGUAAAAUCUCUUAAUAAAAUUAUGUUGUUAACAGAUACAUUUUUUCUUUAUUUUUUAAGAAGUUAUAUUUGUUUAUUUUUUAGUUGAGUUAACAUAUUAAUAGAUUGUUUAUACUCAAUGUAAUAAAAGUAUAAUUGAAAUUAUUUUAUAAAAAUGAAAUAUUAAAAG